UUUGUAAUGUUAAUGCUAGAUUAAUGAAUCCUUACGCUGACGAAGAAUCUGGAAACAAAUUUGAAGACGAUAAUUUGUGUGACAUCGACCUAGAUAAAGAUAAUGCGAACUCUCAUUUAGCCUUAAGUAAAGAAAUACUUAGCAGUCAGUCUUUUUUGACGACAAAAACUAGCGAAGUCGGAUCAAAUGGAUCAAGUCCAACCAAGACUGAUAAGAGUCGCAACAACAGGGUUUCUGCUCGAUCUAUGGAUGAGAUCGCAGCACAACUUCUGGAAGCAAAUUUCUUCCUAACGGCGCUGGAGUUGCACACCGAAAUUGUUGAACGUGGAAAAGAACUUCCGAGACUCCGUGACUACUUUUCAAAUCCUGCUAACUUUGAGCACAGUGCGACAGUAAAAACUAAUUUUGUUGUCACGUCACAACGACCAAGCUUCAACUCUCUUGGUGAUUAUCUAGGUGAUCGGUCUGGAAAUUUAUCUCGUACAGGCAGCUACUCUACGCUCGAUUCUCUAGAUUGGUCACAUCUAUCAGGUGAUAAUGAGCCAUCGAAUGACAGAAUUGCAGUGUUAGAGUUCGAACUUCGCAAAGCGAAUGACACUAUUCACAAAUUGCGUAAGUCUCUAACCUCGACGAGUAGAAAACGCGGAUCGAAAUCGGAUCCGAAUGGACCUGAAGAAAAUGAAAAUGACAAAAGAGGAACCAUUACACGGGAUACUUUAGGAUCGAAUCUCGAGAAUAAUUCAACUCUAGAGGGUAUUGAAAUUGGACAGGAGUUGGCGGAUGAUAGCGGCUUUCAGACAGAAGAUACAAAUGUUGUCCAAUUCAGCAGCUUAGAUUCUAAAACUCUCAAUUUUGUGGUGUAUGAAUAUCUGCAGACCAUUGGAUGCAAAUUAACGGCUAUUUCGUUGGGAGACGAACUGCAAGACCAGGAUUUCGAAGACUGGGAUGACGUUGGUCUUAACACGAGCAGGCCUCCAUCUCUGCAAGAGAUCUACUUGAAGUUCCUCGAGGAAUCCAGGCACCAGAAGAAACAAAAUAUAAGCAGACACCACAAAGAGCUGCAGUGCAAUCUACUAAACGAGGAGCAGAAAAAUCAGAUUUUGGAUGCUGCCGGCUGCAGCAGUCUGAAAUCACUGAACACAAAUGGAGAAAGUGUGUCGCAAAGUUCGAAAGAGCGAGAGAAUGAUAGUAUUAGUUUUUGCAAUGACAUUGAAUCGACUGGGAAAAAUAAAUCAACGAGUUUAACAGACGAAAUGAAGUCGAUGGAAGACGAGAAUUGUGAAUUAAAGAAACGAUUAGAAGAAUUGGAAGCUUCAAAUGCAAAGCUCGAGGGGUUGCAUAGUGAAGUUGAAAGUCUGAAACAUGAACUAUUGUUGAUACAGAACCAAAACAAACAGCUGAACACUAAAAAUGUAGGUUUGGAAAAUGAACUUUUUGACUUACAGGCAAAUUUGAAACGAACUGAAAUGCCAAAUUCUGAAAAGUUAGAUAGCACAGCAGGGAAAACCGAAUUCUGUCGUGAAAAACUAGACGAAUCAAAUGAUAAUUUAGAGAUGAAAUUUUCUCCCUUGUUCUCGAAAAGAUAUCUCGUCCUAGUAAAGAAUGCCAUAUUUAACACUCCAGCAGUCGCCAAUUUGGACCAGGAGCACCAAAAUAUACUGGAUAGCGUGCAGAAAGGAGGAGACUUAGCACACAUAUCAGAGAAAUGUUUACCUAAUCUGGUUGCCAACGUGCUUCUUCAGCAUAGAAUAGAAGCGAUUCCACUCAUUAUAGAGACCAUUACUGUACAUCCUGAGCAAGAGGCGAGGAUGAAACUACUUGAGUUGUUGUUCAAUUUGGUGAAGAAGCCAGACAUAAGACAACGACACGUGAUUUGCCAGAGCUGCCUAACCUACGCGAGAAGAGCAGGUCCAUCAAGAGUCGAAGCUGAAGUUCUACCCCUGUGCUGGGGUCAAAUGAAUGAAAAGCACGUUGAGCGCCGUGUUCUAGUAGCCGAAACAGCCACCGCAUUAUUACCGUAUAUGGACGUGGACAUUGCAUCCAGUUUAGUGUACUCAAUUUUGACACAACUGUUAGACGACAAGGAAGACAUGGUCGUGUCCGCUGCCUUGAAGGGUCUCGCUUUUCUUCUAUGUCUACUACGAACGGAUGAAAAGUUUGACUCGUAUUUGAAGUUCAUUUUGAAGUACAUUAAGUCUCCGUUUGAGACCGAACAAAUAGCGGUGAGGCAAUACAUGAUCCCAUGUUUUGCCUUCUGGACUAUGCAGCAGGAACAGGAUUUGUUGCAGAAUGCUGUGUUUAUUGUGGUUCAGUACAUGGACAAUUUGUUGAAGGAGACUUUGUCAGACGACACCGAAAUGUUUCUCGAUUCAAGCGAAGCCAUCCAAUCAAAUGCAACAAAAUCCAACCAAUCAGUGCCCGAGUUUAUGUCACCUUUUAUUUGCUAUUGUGCCAGUCUGGAAUCCUUUCUACCAUUUCUCUUCAUGAGUGUGGUGCAGAGCUCUCCUUUCGCCCAGAAACCCCCGCCCAGCAAAGAACAUCUUUUGACACAGGCUCAAGAACAGGAGAUUUUCGCCAGGUUCCCACAAAGCGUCAUUGCCGCUCAAGACGUGAGGUCUAUGGUCGAUGAUUCAUCGCAUCUUGCGUACUUGAUCCACACUUUUGACGAGUAUCUAAAAGAAACAACACAUCCCGAAUGGCCGCAGUUGACGUGGGUUAUUAAUGAGCUGCUACCAAGAUUGGUCCAGAUUUUAUUGCAGCUUGAUGUCAAUUCAGUUCCUUGCGUGAACAGCAUGUCAACUGUUUGCUACUCGCUUUGCAGAGUUUUUGGCAGAAGUUUCACCGUUGCGAAAUUUGUUCCGAUUUUCAAAUCAAAGCUCACUUUCGACGCUGACGCGCAGAACUUCAACAACGCGCAUUUUGUGUCUGUUUUGAACGGUUCGGUUGUUCCGGUGUACGCAGCAGGCGUUCUGUCUACAAUCAGCUCCGACAGCUCCGACAUGAAGGAGAUCAGAGACUUCGUUUCCGAGAUGCUGUUCCUCUACUCUGUCAACCGGGCACCCAUUCUCAGUCUGAGAGCGGCAACAAUCGCACUUCUAUCCAACAGCACAUAUCACUCUGUACUCACAGAAUCUAUCUACUCUGCAAUUAUAAAUGCUUCUUCUCAGCUGAAACUAACAGCGUGUCAUUUGUUGGAACUCUUCAUAAGACCGGUUGGCGAUUCGUUGCUGAGUCAUAGAGUGAUUCCGGCUUUGAUCACUCUCUCGGGUGACCCGGACACCCAGAUCAGAGCAGCUACUAUGGCAUGUCUGGGAAGUGUGCUGGCGGUAUCCACAACUCAAGAGAACAUUGACAAGGUUUCGAUGCAACUGGAUAGUUUAAUUGAUGAUGUUGCUCUGCAAGCUGAGGCUAUCAAAACUUUAAGCCGAAUUGUAAAUAUUGUAAAUGAGAGACUACGAUACGAGUUUGUGUUGCGACGAAUUUCGUCGAUUAUUGAGCAGUUCAGCACAGCCCACCAGGGUUCGGACGAAACUGAGAAGCGAAAAAUAUGUACACUUUUGGUUCAGUUUUAUUCGUCUGUUUGCCCACAAGGUUCCGAAUACCCUAAUGAGGUCAUCAACAUCAGCCUUUUGCCCGGAAUUCGGAAGCUCAAAGUUGAAUUGGUGUCGCUUGGCGGAUCCACAAAUGAAACGAUCGAUACUUUGAAUGGGUUCAUACGCGAUUUAGAAAUAAAGGUUGGAAUCAUUCCUGUCAGUGGUGUAAAUAACUCAAAAUCCAGUCCAGCUUCAGGGAUUGGGAAAUCUGAAGGAAAUAUAUUCAGUAAAUUGAAAGGACUCACAAAAUAAUCUUUUAAAUGAAAACUUGUGCUUUUGCAUUUAGUUCUGGAUAGACCGAGUUUUAACUGUCGUUGUGAUGAAAUAUUCGAAAUUACAUUCCGAAAGUUCUUUUUAAGCAAUGUUGUUGACUACUGGGAAGUUUUUACUUAAUUAAUUUUGAUAGUGUUGUAAAAUUAAUUAGCGCUAGUUUUCCAAUUCACCGAUGCAUAUCACCCUAUCUAUAAUACAUGUUCGAAUUAUUUGCAGUAUUAGUUCUGUUUGAUGCUGCGAGUUUUCAAGUGUCGUUUGCUUAGAAUUAUUUUGACCGCAUUUCCAUUCCUAAUACUGAAUAAAUAAAUGAAAAAGUUUCAGUUUGAUAUCAAUGCUUUAAUCAAUGUUUUAAAUUGUUGAAAUACUAUUUGGUUAGAUUUUGUUUGUAGCUUGUAACAAAAUGAACAUUAUU